GAGAUGCUGUGGGGAACUGGGCGGCGACACGGGGGAUGGACUGAGAGGAGAGCUGGGGAGGACGGGACGGAGCCAGCAAUGCACCGUAGGAUGUGUUGGGGAUGCUCUGGAAAACGGGAGGUGGGAGACAGGGGAUGUACCAGGGGGACCAGAGGGGACUCCGAAGGCUCUGGGAGCACCAGGGAUGUACCCGGGAUUGCUCUGGGGGCUUUGGGAAGGGGACAGAGGGGUGCAGCAGGGCACACUGGGGUGACACAGAGCUGCAGCAGAGGAACUGGUGACACUUAGGAAGGAUGGGAUGGCACGCAGCGGGACCUGGACACGGGUGGGUUGUCCAGGUUGUCCUGUCCAGGGACAAGGUUCCCAUGAGAACCUGGUGGGAGUCAACAGGGCCAAGAGCAGGGUUGGCACAUGGAUCAGAACAACACCUGAGAUAGGUGCAGGGUGGGGGUGAUGGGAUGGAGAACAGCCCGGAUAAGAGGAAUCUGGGGGGAUGAGAGGCUGGAUAUGACCUGGCAACGUGUGCUGGCAGACCUGGAAAGCCGCCCAUGUCCUGGGCUAUGUCACUGGCAGUGUGGGCAACAGGUGAGGGAGGGAUUGUCCUCCUCUGCCCCACUCAGGUGAAACCCCACAUGGAGCACUGCGUCCAGUCCUGGAGUCCCUGUCAUGAGAAGUACAGGGAGCUGCUGGAGCAAGUCCAGAGGAAGCCACAGAAAUGCUCCAAGGGCUAAGAACAGGAUGGGGAGCUGGGAUUGCUUAGCCUGGAGAAGAGAAGGCUCCAGGGAAAGUUAGAGCUCUUUCCGGUGCCUACAGGGGCUGCAAGAGAGAUGGAAAGGGAUGAGGGCAUGGAGUGACAAGAUAAGGGGAAAUGUCUCCAAAGUGGAAAAGGGGAGGUGUAGAUUAGAUACUGAGAAGAAAUCCUUCCGGAGUGGAUCUCCCACAGACGCUGUGGCUGCCCCAUCCCUGGAACUGUCCAAGGCCGAGCUGGACAGAGCUUGGAGCAACCUGGUCCAGUGGAAGGUCUCCCUGCCCAUGGCAGGGGAUGGAACUGGCUGGGUUUUAAGGCUCUUAUCAACCCAACCCGUGGAUUCUAUGAUGAUGCAACCAAUGACGUCACAUCACGAUGACGCAGCGGCCCCGGGAGUGGCUCCUCCGCGCACGCGCGCCGGGGCUGGGCUCCAAGGUGGAGGACAUUGUACAAGAGGUCUAUGAUGCCUACAAGACAAACCAUCACUCCUCACAGUACGUCCUGCAGCGGGAGAAGCACUUCCAUUACCUGAAGAGAGGCCUCCGGCAGCUCACUGAAGCCUAUGAGUGUCUGGAUGCCAGCCGCCCCUGGCUCUGCUACUGGAUCCUGCACAGCCUGGAGUUGCUGGAUGAGCCCAUUCCCGAGUCGGUGGCCUCUGAUGUCUGCCAAUUCCUGAGGCGGUGCCAGAGCCCCCAGGGUGGGUUUGGGGGUGGUCCUGGCCAGCACCCCCACCUCGCCCCCACCUACGCCGCCGUCAACGCGCUCUGCAUCAUCGGCACCGAGGAGGCCUUCGGCGUCAUCGACAGGAAGAAGCUCUUGGAAUACCUGCACUCGCUGAAGCAGCCCGAUGGCUCCUUCCUCAUGCAUGUGGGUGGAGAGGUGGAUGUCAGGAGCGCCUACUGCGCCGCCUCAGUGGCCUCUCUGACCAACAUCAUGACGCCCGCGCUCUUCGCUGGGACAGCUGAGUGGAUCGCCAGGUGCCAGAACUGGGAGGGCGGGAUUGGCGGCGUGCCGGGCAUGGAGGCGCACGGUGGCUACACUUUCUGCGGCGUGGCCGCGCUGGUCAUCCUCAAGCAGGAACAUCUGCUGAACCUCCGGAGCCUGCUGCACUGGGUGACCGGGCGGCAGAUGCGCUUCGAGGGCGGAUUCCAGGGCCGCUGCAACAAGCUGGUGGAUGGGUGCUACUCCUUUUGGCAAGCUGGGCUCCUGCCCCUGCUCCAUCGGGCACUCCAUGCCAGGGGCGAUCCAGCGCUGAGCAUGGCACACUGGAUGUUCGACCAGCUGGCACUGCAGGAAUACAUUCUCCUGUGCUGCCAGUGCCCAGCUGGCGGGCUGCUGGAUAAGCCAGGAAAAUCCCGGGAUUUCUACCACACCUGCUAUUGCCUGAGUGGGCUGGCCAUUGCACAGCACUUCGGAAGUGGGGACCUCCACAAUGAGGUGGUCCUGGGUAUCCCUGAGAAUUGCCUGCAGGCCACACACCCGGUCUACAACAUUGCCCCGGAGAAGGUGGCCAGGGCAGUGAUGCACUUCCUGCAGUAUCCCGUGCCCAGCCUGGAUCCGGCAUCCGCUGCCGACUAGGGGGGUCCUGCUGCUGGCUCGGGGUGCCGAGCCCCGGGAGCGAGCGGCACGGCCCAUCCCACGGCGGCCUGGCCGAGCAGGUGCUCAGGGUGCUAGCAAUACCAAAAUCCAGCCUGCUCCAGGCCUGGUGUCCCGCUGCCAUCCUGGCCAGGGCCGAGGUGGCACAGGGGCUCUGGCAGAGCUUUUUGGCAUCAAUAAACCAGAAGUGACACCUGCCGUGUGCUGGUGGCCCCGGGGAUGCGGGGCAGGGGGUGAUGCCACGUCUGGAUCCGGUGGCACCAACCUCCCCCAUUCCAAGAACACGCGGUAACCACGGGGGAGGAUAAAAAUAAGUGGAAUUUUG